CACUACUAUCCCGUAUGACUCGGCCAAGUAUGCCUUCCCUCCAUCAUUCACUCGAAGAAUCCAAGAUCAGAGGAGCGUGCCAGGAAGAAUGGCCAGAUUUGAGGCCCUGGUGAUUGGUAUACCUGAGCCAGAAAUUGAAUGGCAGAAGGAUGGGUUCCCUCUCAAGUGGGGGUCCAAGUACAAGAUGGGCAGAGAAGGUAACACAGCCAUCCUGGUAGUUGAGAACUGUGAAGCUGCUGAUGAGGGGACUUAUACCUGCCAGCUGUUCAACGAUGCUGGCAAGACUUCUUGCUCAGCUCAGCUCAGAGUACAAGCACGCCCGGUAUUGCCCAAAACCCGGCCCUAUAUAUCGGAUUUCGGCAAGGAGACAAUACAAAUUGGCUGGAAACCAGCAGAGAUCCCGGAUUACUAUGGGCGUUCCAUGUCUGUUCCCCCAGUCACCUAUCGAGUGGAGGCCCAGAAGCUGCCCAGUGAGGAGUGGGUUCCUCUCGCAAGUCGGGUCAAGAAACCAAGUUUUUAUCUCUCAGAUCUGGAGUCAGACAGAGAUUACAAUAUUCGCAUUAGAGCUCAGACACCUUACGGGGUCAGCCAGCCAACUGAACCAGUCUGGAUUCCCAGGGCUAAAGCCUUCACUGGGGUUCCUGUGAGCCGACCUUUUAUCACAGAAAUAGAGGAGGGAACUGCUCGGCUUCAGUGGAACCGGGUGGACAUACCUGCUUUUGACAGGUCUGAUGAACCAUUAUUGUACAUGAUAGAAAUACAGGAGCCACCUUCUUACAGAUGGAGAGAGCUGGCACGGCGUGUGCCCACUAACUACUACAUUGUCCGUGACCUGGAGCCUGCCCAAGACUAUCGUUUCCGUGUCCGUGCCGAGUCCAGAGAUGGACUUCUCAGUGAACCUAGUCCUGCUACCUCCCUCUUCAGGACAUUAGCUCUGAGUCGUGCACCUGUAGACCGGCUUGAGAUAGAAGAUUAUGAUGCAGAUUUGCAGAGUGCAAGGUUGUCGUGGCGACGUGUGGAAUGCUUGAUGCUGGAUGAAGUAAGACUGACCAGAUAUUUGUCUGUUUAUUUCAUCAGGUAUGAAACCCCAGGCCUGGAGGGCUGGCGCCCUUUAGCAAGUGGCAUACCGACUACCGGCUAUCGUGUGCCAGAUAUCUCACCCACUGAUGAUUACAGGUUCAGAGUUCGAGCACUCAGCCAGUAUGGAGUCAGCCCACCUUCCCAUCCAACUGGGCUGUACCGACAUCCAAGUAUACUGUCUUGGAGGUCAGCAUCAGUGCCACCAUUGAAGACCGGAGAACCAGUGUCCUAUCAGAUUGAAGCUUUGGAGUACCCUAAACGAGAGUGGCGCCCUUUGGCCACCAACAUUCGAGACACUAACUACCGCCUUGGUGGACUGAAACCAUCCUCAGAUUACUCAUUUCGUGUGCGAGCCCAGACUCCCUUGGGAUUGGCUGAACCAACGGCACCAGUUACCUUAACCUCUAUGCCAGUGAGGCCCCGUCUGCCUGUGAGGGAGCCAAUCAUCUCGGAGCUGAGCAGUGAUGCUGUGAGGCUACAGUGGAAACCUGCUGAGCUGCCCUACUACUCAAGGCACACAACUCCUAUCACAUACACUGUGGACUAUCAGGUCAUUAAUCUUUACCAGGAAAUCCCAGGACGUGAUUGGGUAAUAGCAGCACGAAGUAUCCCAGAUACAUCGUACACAAUUCGGGGAUUGCGGGGAGAUCAGUAUGGUCCUGGGGAGUACAGCCUGCCAGUACAUAUCCACAGGCGAACUGCUCCCAGUCUGCCAACUAGAGAGCCUAUGCUGUCCAACAUCUCACCAACAUCUGCUACACUCUCCUGGCAUCCAGCCACUCUGGCAAGUGGAGCACCUAGUCGACCAAUCACUUACCGCAUUGAGGGAAGAGAACCCCCAAGUUCUACAUGGUAUGAUGUGGCUGGACGACUGUCAACGAAUUCUUACAAUCUUCAGUUUCUGUAUCCAGACCAGGACUACAUGUUCCGGGUGUUUGCUGACUAUGAGGGGGUUGACAGCGAGCCAACAAUGGUAGCCUAUUUGCCACGCAGGGCAGGGCCUCCCAAAAUGCCCAGAGAUCCCCCAUAUUUGACCAGUGUCCAGCCAGAAUCAGUUAUUCUUACCUGGCGGUCAGUGGAACUGCCCAGUCGUAUCACAGACUAUUCUACUGUCACAUACAGGGUCGAGGUCCAGGAAGGUCCUAACUCAGAAUGGCGCCCGCUAGCAAGACAGAUAAACGGCACACACUUCCAUGCCACAAAACUGCGGCCAGACAUUGACUACUCAUUUCGAGUUCGUGCAGAGAAUGAUUUUGGCAUAAGUGACCCCACUGAUUUAGUUCUGGUGAAGAAACGAGCAGUUGCUCCUUUCAUGUCCCAACAUGAGCCACUCAUUUCGGAUGUCAGGGCCGACUCCCUGCGACUGACCUGGCAGCCUGCAGAGAUUCCCUCCUACCUGACUGACCUGGUUCCAGUCACCUACACUGUGUACAUGCAGGAAGAAGGAGAUCAUUCGUGGCAGCCAGUAGCUCGUCGUGUCGCUGGCACCAGCUACUAUGUGUCAGGACUGAAACCUGACAGAGACUACAGCUUCAGGAUUCAGGCUGAGAACAGUUUUGGCACUAGCUUGCCAAGUUUUCCCUCAAGGCUGCACCGAAAACUGAAAGGUCCUAUCUACUCACCACAAAUUGAAGAUGUAGAUUCCACUUCAUUUCGUCUCUCUUGGAAGCAACCAGCUUUGUCAAAGCCCACCACUUACUCUGUGGAAACACUUGAGCCUUCAACAUGGAAGUGGCGCCCUCUGGUCUCUAGGCUUCCUCACCCUAGUUACAAAGUAACAGGAAUCCAGCCCACCAAAGAUUAUGCUUUCCGUGUUCGUGCAGAAGUGGACUCAGUCAUUACAGAACCUUCACUGCCAAUCUCUUUCUCCACACGACGAGGUGACAGGGAAAGUAUAUUGAAAGUAAAGACUGCCAGGGUGGUAAUAUCCAUAUCACUCACUGAAUCACUCCCUACAGUUCCUGUUGAACGACCUACCUUGUCAGAGGUCUAUGAUGAUUCUGUCCGAGUCAACUGGCACCCAACGUUUUAUCAUGGCUCGUCACGGAAACCACUGCCCCAGUAUUACAGGCUUGAGGUGCGAGAGCCUCCUGACACAAACUGGCAUACUCUGGUGCCCCGCACUGAUGCCUGGAGCUACGAGGUUACUGACCUUAAACCAAACCAGGAUUAUGCCUUCCGGGUACGAGCCGUUUCUGACACCGGAAUGUCUGAACCAUCCUUGCCAGCAUUUAUGUACCGCCAGUCUGCAACACCAAGGGUCCCCUUGCCUUCACCAGAAAUUUCCGACAUGGGAGAUGACUAUAUUAACUUGCGGUGGAAGCUGGUGGACAUCCCAGCAUUUGACAUGGAUGAGUCGCCCUUGUCCUUCAUGAUAGAGGCCCAGAGAGUGCCUGACUAUGACUGGAGACCAGUGGCUCGUGGGGUAACUGGCUCCUCACACAAGGUAACUGGAUUGGAGCCCAGACAUGACUACCAGUUCAGACUCCGAGGAGAGACAGCUUUAGGACUAACUCAGCCGUCAGUGACUGUGCCAGUCUACAGAACUCCAGUAAGGUCAGGAGUACCAAUCACAAAUGUGAGGAUUGAAUCAGACAGCAACCAGCCAUACUCUGCCAGACUUCGCUGGAAUCCUGUCUACAUGCCUCCAUAUAAUGCCAGUGCAAACCUUGCAUACACAAUUGAGGUGCAAGAACCUCCAAGGACUGACUGGUACCCCAUUGCCAGAGACUUCUAUGGGACCAGCUACACUGUUCCAGAACUGAGUCCUUUGAAAGAUUACCUGUUCAGGGUCAAGGCCAGGAUACCAGGAGGGGAGUACAGUGCACCUACACCUCCUGUACCCUUUUAUAGGGCUCCUUCUUCUACAUGGGACAGAGGCGACAGAAUUCUUCCUCCCAUUACUUCUUUUGUGGAUGAAUAUGCUCCGAUCGCAAGACCAUACAUUGAAGGACUCAUCCUCAAAGUCCCACCUCGCAUGUCCAUUGAGAAACCAGACAUGAUUGUGGUCAACCCAGAAUGUGUACACUUGACGUGGAAGGCUGCCCGGGUACCGUCGGCCACAUCCAGUUUGUCUCCAACAACGUACAGGGUGGAGGUUCGCAAUGAGGACUCCUUUGAGUGGGUAGAGAAGGCGACCGGUAUCAAAGGUUUGAGUACUGAGAUCAAGGGUCUGAACCCCUACAUUGACUAUGCUUUUCGAGUUCGAGCAGUCAAUGAUUUCGGCUGGAGUGAGUCAACACUGCCAGCGUUCCUCCACCGACCUCAAGCUCCUCAGUUUAUCCGCAGUAGUGCAUCCAGAGAAAGAGAACUGGACAGUUCUAGUCGAAGAUCUUCCUACAGCUACAUUGAUUCUAUUUCCUCUGGAGUGCCACCACGAGUGCCUGCAGGUCGGCCAUCACUGGGAGACAUCACAGACACAAGUCUGACACUGACAUGGCAGCCUGGCCGAAUGCCUUCCUACAUCAAGGGACCUGUGAGUGUAACUAUUAGUUAUAUUGUGGAAGCACGCCAGCCACCUAACCACAUGUGGACAAAGAUCACUGAGUCAGUAACAGGAACUAGAUACAAGAUAGUUCGAGCCUACAAUGAGUCAGGCAUGAGUGAACCAACACUUCCUGUGUCAUUGACCCGUGAGAAGGCUGCCACAGCUGAACCCAGAACAAUGCGAAGGAGAAGUUCAGUUGAAAGGUUUAGCUCCAUAGAACGGCGAGUGUCUCGGGAGCGAUCAAUGUCCAUGGACCGGGGUUCAUCGGUGGCCAGCUUUUUUUCCAGAGAAACUUCCAGGAAAGAGGAUGAUGCUGGGAGGACUCCAGACACUGUGUCCACCUCUCCAGAGUUUGUGCCUGCAGGAUGUUCUGGUGUCCAGUACGGCAUAGAUGGCCAGCCCGUGAAGCUUUCCCUGCAGCUGCAUGGAAAUCCACUUCCAACUGUGGACUGGUAUUUUAAGGGCAAGAAGCUUGUGUUUGGUGACAGAUACGAUGGAUAUGUAACACCAUCAGGUCUUGCUGUGCUGGAGUUUGCUCCCUUCACCUGGGAUGAUGUAGGAGACUACAGGUGUGAGGCAGAGAAUGAACAAGGACAGACAACCUUUGUUGUUAAACUUCAGAUGUCAGAUCCACCCACCUUCCUGGAACCAAUCAGAGACUUACAGCUGAAAUCUCAAGGCCAAGGACGGUUCACAUGUCGGGUGGAUGGCAUCCCACUUCCUGCUGUCAAGUUUAUGAAAGAUGGGAAGCCACUGACAGAUACCUCCAGGUUUAAGGUGACACAAGAUGGAGUAGAUCAGUGGAGUUUACAUAUCGAACAGGCAGGACCGUCCCUCGCCGGCUGCUAUAUUUGUGUGGCUGAGAAUGCAGCGGGCAAAGUCUUGAGCAUGGCCAGACUUUCUGUAGAUGAUGAUAUCCCCACAGAUGUCGUCUACUACAAGAAGACCAACUUUGAGGAUGACUAUUAUGUUCUUGAGGAGCUUGGCCGGGGAAGGUACAGUGUUGUCAGGAGAGUCAUUGAGAGGCUAACAGGAAAAGAGUUUGCUGCAAAGUUCACCAAGGUUCGGGAUGAAGCAGACAAAGAUUUUUUCCGUUUGGAGUUAGAUGCCCUUUUAAGACAGAGGAGUCCCUAUGUUGAGAAGCUUCAUGAUGCAUAUGAGAGUCCCCAGCAGCUCAUCCUUGUGGUUGAUCUAGCCAAAAGUGGGGACCUGCUGGAGAGAGUCACCGCUGACAGCAAGUGGACGGAGUCUAGAGCAGCUCAGCUGAUCAAGCUGGUUCUGCUGGCACUCAGAGAUGUUCACACUUCUGGCUAUGUUCAUCUGGAUGUCAAG